UCGGGGCAGAACCGGGGGGGCGCUGAGGAGGGCCUCGGGGCGGUGCCGGGGGCGCGGGCGCGGGCGGGAGCUCGCGGGCGGCCAGUCCCUCAGCGGCGCGGCGGCCGAGGCGCCCGCGGAGAAACCGCCGCUUCCGGGCGCCGGCCGCGGCCCCGUUGCCUAGGCGACCGCCGUCCCCGCCCCCCGGCCAAUCGCACGGGCGCUGCCGCGAGCCGCGAGCCUCUUUGUUCCGCAGCCAUUUCGGGCCCGGAGCCGACGGCGCGGCGGCCAGCGCGGAGCCGAGUCUGGGAUGGUGUGGGACCGGCACAGCAAGAUGGAGUACGAGUGGAAACCCGACGAGCAGGGGCUGCAGCAGAUCCUGCAGCUGCUCAAGGAGUCGCAGUCCCCCGACACCACCAUCCAGAGGACCGUGCAGCAAAAACUGGAACAGCUCAAUCAAUAUCCAGAUUUUAACAACUACCUGAUUUUUGUUCUUACAAAAUUGAAAUCUGAAGAUGAACCCACAAGAUCAUUGAGUGGUCUUAUUUUGAAGAAUAAUGUGAAAGCACAUUUUCAGAACUUCCCGAAUGGAGUAACAGACUUUAUUAAGAGUGAAUGUUUAAAUAAUAUUGGGGAUGCCUCUCCACUGAUUAGAGCCACUGUUGGUAUUUUGAUUACAACCAUUGCCUCCAAGGGAGAAUUACAAAACUGGCCUGAUCUCUUACCAAAACUCUGCAGCCUGUUGGAUUCUGAAGAUUACAAUACUUGUGAGGGAGCUUUUGGUGCCCUUCAGAAGAUUUGUGAAGAUUCUGCUGAGAUCUUAGAUAGCGAUGUUCUAGAUCGUCCUCUCAACAUCAUGAUUCCCAAGUUUCUACAGUUCUUCAAACACAGUAGUCCAAAAAUAAGGUCUCACGCUGUUGCAUGUGUCAAUCAGUUUAUCAUCAGUAGGACCCAAGCUCUGAUGCUGCACAUUGAUUCUUUUAUUGAGAAUCUCUUUGCAUUGGCUGGUGAUGAAGAACCGGAGGUACGGAAAAAUGUGUGCCGGGCUCUUGUGAUGCUGCUUGAAGUUAGAAUGGACCGCCUGCUUCCUCACAUGCAUAACAUAGUGGAGUACAUGCUACAGAGGACCCAGGAUCAGGAUGAAAAUGUGGCUUUGGAAGCCUGUGAAUUUUGGCUCACUUUGGCUGACCAACCAAUUUGCAAAGAUGUACUUGUAAGGCAUCUUCCUAAGUUGAUUCCUGUCUUAGUAAACGGCAUGAAGUAUUCGGAUAUAGAUAUCAUUCUACUUAAGGGUGAUGUUGAAGAAGAUGAAACAAUCCCUGACAGCGAGCAGGAUAUCCGACCGCGUUUUCAUCGAUCUAGGACAGUGGCGCAGCAGCACGAUGAAGAUGGAAUUGAAGAGGAAGACGAUGAUGACGAUGAAAUUGACGAUGAUGAUACAAUUUCUGACUGGAAUCUAAGAAAGUGUUCUGCUGCGGCCCUCGAUGUUCUGGCAAAUGUGUAUCGUGAUGAGCUUCUGCCGCAUAUUUUGCCCCUCCUGAAAGAGUUACUUUUUCAUCACGAGUGGGUUGUUAAAGAAUCGGGCAUCUUGGUUUUAGGGGCAAUUGCUGAAGGUUGCAUGCAAGGCAUGAUUCCGUACCUGCCCGAGCUCAUUCCUCACCUUAUUCAGUGCCUCUCUGACAAGAAGGCUCUUGUACGUUCCAUAACGUGUUGGACUCUUAGUCGCUAUGCACACUGGGUAGUCAGCCAACCUCCAGACACGUACCUGAAGCCAUUAAUGACAGAGCUGUUAAAGCGUAUCCUGGAUAGCAACAAGCGAGUACAGGAAGCUGCCUGCAGUGCCUUUGCUACCCUAGAAGAGGAGGCUUGUACAGAACUUGUUCCUUACCUUGCUUAUAUACUUGAUACCUUGGUCUUCGCUUUUAGUAAAUACCAGCAUAAGAACCUGCUCAUUCUUUACGAUGCCAUAGGAACGUUAGCAGAUUCAGUAGGACAUCAUUUAAACAAACCGGAAUAUAUUCAGAUGCUAAUGCCCCCACUGAUCCAGAAAUGGAACAUGUUAAAGGAUGAAGAUAAAGAUCUCUUCCCUUUACUUGAGUGCCUGUCUUCAGUUGCCACGGCCUUGCAGUCUGGCUUUCUUCCGUACUGUGAACCUGUGUAUCAGCGUUGUGUGAACUUGGUGCAGAAGACCCUUGCACAAGCCAUGCUGAACAAUGCUCAGCCAGAUCAGUAUGAGGCCCCAGAUAAAGACUUUAUGAUAGUGGCCCUUGACUUGCUCAGUGGCCUGGCUGAGGGACUCGGAGGAAACAUUGAACAGCUGGUAGCCCGAAGCAACAUCCUGACACUGAUGUACCAGUGUAUGCAGGAUAAAAUGCCAGAAGUUCGACAGAGUUCCUUUGCACUAUUAGGCGACCUGACAAAAGCCUGCUUUCAACAUGUGAAGCCUUGUAUAGCCGAUUUCAUGCCUAUAUUGGGAACCAACUUAAAUCCAGAGUUCAUUUCAGUCUGCAAUAAUGCCACUUGGGCCAUUGGAGAAAUCUCCAUUCAAAUGGGUAUAGAGAUGCAGCCUUAUAUUCCUAUGGUGUUGCAACAGCUUGUAGAAAUCAUUAACAGACCCAACACACCAAAGACGUUGUUAGAGAAUACAGCAAUAACAAUUGGUCGUCUUGGUUACGUUUGUCCUCAAGAGGUGGCCCCCAUGCUACAGCAGUUUAUAAGACCCUGGUGCACCUCUUUGAGAAACAUACGGGACAAUGAGGAGAAGGAUUCAGCAUUUCGUGGAAUUUGUACCAUGAUCAGUGUGAAUCCCAGUGGAGUAAUCCAGGAUUUCAUAUUUUUUUGUGACGCUGUUGCAUCAUGGAUUAACCCAAAAGAUGACCUGAGAGACAUGUUCUGUAAGAUUCUUCAUGGAUUUAAAAAUCAAGUUGGGGAUGAAAAUUGGAGGCGUUUCUCUGACCAGUUUCCACUUCCCUUAAAAGAACGCCUGGCAGCUUUUUAUGGUGUUUAAUCUCACACUCUGAAGCUGCAGUCUCAUAACGAGGGGUCCUUCAGUCUUGGAGACUGUGAAGGAGCCUCUGCAGCCAGGGAAAACGUUACCCUUACAGGGGGGAAGGGUAACCCAGUAGGGACACAGUACAGUCCCAACCCUACUGGGAGGGGCGGGAGGGAGGUGUUGCCGUCACUGUAUUAAGUCGACGUUGGGAAAUGUUUUAACAUCUGGAGCUUCUGUGAGUGGAGAUCUUUCUCCAAUUACACCUCUGCACUGGAUGUGAAGAAGCAAAAAACCAAUCUGUUCAAUCUACUCACAGAGCAGCCCAUUCUGGAAUGUUAUGGGGAACUGUACCAAACAAGAACCAUAAGCGUGAUGCAUAGGGUGCGGAGUCCAGGAAACCUAAGAUGGGACUGGGCUCACAGGCAGUAAAGGAGCUUCCCCCUCCCUUUUUUUUUUUUUUAAUUAAAAAGUUUUUGUAAAUUUUCCCUGUGAUGGGGCCUUGGUUUUGCAUGCUGAUGAAGAUGACACAUGAAAUUAAUACGAGUUAAGAUCAGCUUGCCUAUCCAUAGAAGCGGGUUCUUGGAAGCUACCGUUUAAGGUUACCCCCACCUCCAAAAAAGCUGGAAUAAAACAAAACAAAUUGAAACAGUGAAGCACCCUGUGGAAUACCGAAGGAGUCGCAACUGCCUGACUCCUGCCUUCGCGGGUGGGCAGGGAGGGAGGAACAUAGAGGGCUAGGCUUAUCAGACUAAAGGUCGACAUCAUACUUUUGCAUUAAAACAUUAAUGUAGUGAAUGAUUUGAUGGUUGUACUUGAUCAGAUUUCAUUUUUAGGCCAAGAUGUUAUUUGCUAGUGCAGUUUAGGGCUCACUGUGCUGGACGGCGCAGUGGUGAGGAGGCAGCGUGCAUGCCUCACGUAGUGACGCUUGGGCCCUGACCUCUGGCACCAGUGCCCGUGGCAGUCACCAGUCAUUAUCGCCCUGCAUUUAAAGUUCUUUUUUUUUUUUUUUCUUUAAAAAAAGAUUUGUGGAUUUUAUUUUUAAUAAGAAUAUAGAUAUAAAGUACUGUAGUUUACAGCUAGGCCUUGAAGUAUCUUUUUAGGAUCUGUUAGGGAUAAGAUUGAUAUUGUAUCGUGUGUAACCUGCGCAAUGUGGAAAGCUGGUAUACCUGUGCGAAACCUUUGCCUCUGUGCUGUCGUGUGAUGUGCUUUCUGCAUGUUCUAUGGUACUUGUGAAGCUGGGAGGCCGUGGUGAAAGAUCAGAGCGGCUGCGUAGAUGUUAGCUGGCACGUAAGACAACUGUAGACCUGAAGACGUGACUGGUAUUCCGGUGUUUGUUCCCACUCAACAUACUGCCUUCUAGGCUUUUCUUUUUUUUUUUUUUCUUUUUUCUUUUCUUUUUUGUUCAAAGCAUGAUCUUAAGAUAUGUUUAAGUUAAUGGGUGUAAUGCAGGGCUUCUACAUUGUAUUGGUGCGAGUUGGUGGUGCUCUGUGCCCUAGAGAAAUGCACAAAGGGUUCAAGUCAAAAGCUACAGAGUGAAAGUUGGUUCGGAUCCUCUUCAUUUGUUUAGCUUUUCUGUUAUUUUUCUCUACUUACAUGUAUUUCUGUGAAUAAAUCCUUGUUAAGUUAACCCUUUACUUUUUCUUCCAUGUGUAUUUUCUUAUAUACUGUGAAUGUGAAAACCCAACUGGUACACUUGAUCUGUGUCCAUAUGAAAGUGCAAGUCUCUGUCAGUCUGGAUGACCAAGGAAAAUGGGGAGCUUUUUCUUUGUAGCUCUGCUGGUCAGAGAUGAAGCCACAUUUCCAUUUUUCAAUGCUGCAUAUUUAAAACCCUGCAACAGAAAUGAUAAGCCAUAACAACCUUCUAUUUUAGCUUGUCAUCGUCGCACUGCAGAAUAGAUACCGAGUGCCCGUUGUCAGAAGCAGUCGGUCCUCAGCAUGGCCUGCUCCCUGCAGGUGUUGAGUGGCACAGCCGUUGCACUGAAUUCUGAGCUGUGUGUGUGUGGAUUUGCAGACACCGUGGCAGAGUAUCCAGAUGCAUGCUAGCAUGCAGGUUUUGUUACUUGGACGUGUUGUGUGUGUGUGUUUAAUGUAUCUUUCACUUUUCCUCUACUUUGGCUCUGCAAAUUUCCGUCUAUUAGCUCUAACUUACUCAUUUUUAAUGUCCUUUUUUUUUUUUUUUUUUUUUUUUCUAUAAAUUGAAUCCAAAGGGUAUGUAGCUCAAAAUCUGCUUUACUUAGUCUUUAAAACCUGAUCAGUGUAGCUAUUUUAUCUUUAAAUUCUAGUGAUACUUAAUAGUGUUUCAAAUACUUUAUAGCAUCUAGAAGGGUUUUUUUUUUUUAAGUGUUCUACUGUGGGCAGUAAGUAUAAGUUGGGGGAAAAUGGCAGAAAAUGCUUUCUAAAUACUUUAUGUAUGUGGAAGAAAAAUAAACACCCUCCAGUGAGAUUAUCUGGAUCUGUUAUUGACCGCAAAGCUCUGUUGUCACUUGUUUGAUCAAAAUUUUCUUUUUGGUUAGGUAGGUGCGCAAGAAUGCCUGUUUUUUUUUUAUCCACACUCAAACCUGUUUUCAAAUUUAAAUUUUUUUAUUUACAAAUAGAAAGUAAGAGUUACAGUAAUGUGACUGGGAACCUGAAAUUGGAUGGGGUUUGCUUUUCGUUUGGGUGCCCCCAUCUCUGCCUCGAGGUGGUUGGUUUCUUCCCGAUUUGCGUUUUAGAUGUGUAAGAUAGCAGGAAUUUGCAGAAGCCAUUUGUUCCCCUUUGAGGUAAGCUCUGAUUUAGCAUUUGUUGUUCUGACAGAACUUAAUACGACAUGGGAUAUGUAUAUAGCAACUUCAUUCUUGUGCUGUAGUCGUAAUAGUUUGAAUGUCGCUAGAAUGUCUGAGAUUGUGAGUCCGUCUGUGUUACAUUCCAGUGUUUCUGCCUCGCGGCAUGCUUAAAGCAGGCUCACUCCAUCUGCUCUUCACACACUAAGGCGCUGUUAGUGGGCUUGACUACAGAAAUAGCCGCUGCUAAGUGAUGUAGAUUUCUACUUGAAUAUUUUUAUGUUGUAGGAACCUCAGGAGGUCAGUGUUUACUGUUUUAUAUAUGCCUUCUUUUUCCUGUUUGAGCUUUUCUCUUUGAAGGAUUCUAACAACUACAGCUGCUGAGCGACCUGAGCUGGAGACAGAAAGGUUCUUUUAACUCUCAUUUAGGCGCAUGUUGGGCGGCUCCAUGUUACAUUGUGCCACAGGCAGUCAUUGAGUCAGGAAAGAAUUUUGCUUUUUGUAUUGUCUAAUCUCUUUAAAAACUUCAUACUGUUUUUUAAAAAAUCACUUUUUUUAUAUUUUGGUUGAUUAUUUCCCAAAUAGUCAACAUGUAAAUAAUCUUUAAGAGCCAGUUCUGAUGCUUUACAUUAUUGCUACUUGAUUUUAUGAUGCAGGUUAGAUUUCAGAAUAGAUUUUAAAACACUUAACCAAGCCAUUACAUCUUUAAAAAUAAAAUAAGUAGCAUACGUUUUGUAAUUAACAUUGAUAAACACUGUGACUUUUUUGUUAAGACUUUUUCAUUGAUCAAAAUUGCUUAAACUGCAUAUAUUGUAAAAUAGGAUCAGAUGUAUAUUUUAAAACUGACUAUUGAAAUGCUUUGUCUACUCAGUUAUAAGAUAUUCAGAUACAAGUUUUAUCUCAGGUGAAUACUCUUGUAUCCUUUUUGCUUUAGUGUAACAUGCUGGUAUACAGUCUUUGGUUUUUAGUAUAUUUCAAGGAAAAUCUUCCCAUUUAGUCUGGUUCUUUUUCGAUGUAUAUCCUAGCAGAGUAGGGUGGUAUAAAUUCCCCCUUUUGCAUGUAGUUGUGCCCUGAAAGUGCAGUUUGGUUCUCCGUUGCACCAGAUCCUGUAGGGAAAUUGAAAAUGCUCUCUACUGAUAUACCCAGCAUAGUUGAAAUGCCAGAGUUAAACUACUAUGUCUUAAACUGUUUAAUUUAGGUUUAAUUUAAAUCCUCUGUCAUAAAAAGAUAGUUUUUUUUUCUUCAUGCAGUCUCUGUUAUUCAUAUUGAAUGUAUUAACACAACGGUGCAAAAGCAUUCUUCCUGAGAGAGGAGUGUGUCAUGCAUAACUGCAGUUUAACGUCCCUUCGUGUUGAUAGCGCUUUGUAAACACCCCACACUUGGGCUUAUCAGUUGCUUUCUUUAGGGAGAAAACACUAACUGUUGAGACUUAGUGCUGUUAAUGAAAGAGCCUGGAGAGAUUGGCUUUAUUACAAAGAGCUGUGUGAUGCUUGCUAUGUCUAGUUAUGAUAGCCAAGACCAUCAUAUACCAACUGAGUAUUUCAUAUCUUAUUAAAUAUGGAGAUAUUUCUUAAUGCCUCUUUAAAAUUAAUUUUUUACAUAAAAUUUUCCUUCUACACUUACCAGAUGAUUUGUGAUUUUUUUUCAGUCUUACGUAAAUGUCUCCUCCCUGUUGGGUAUUACUUAAGUAGAGGGUUCUCUAAGCAUAAUUAGUGCAUAUUUAUUUUAAGGUUUGCAUUUAAAUUAUAGCAACUAUUUAUCGUGAUUUGUAUCCCAGAAUGUAUUGUGGGUUUACUUCUUAAUAUAUGCAUGAUUUAAUGAUUUUUCUUGUGCAUUUUAAAAACCAAAUCUAUUUGCUAAUAAUUACUUCAAUAAUUAAUUAGGAAAGCAGUAGUUUAUAUUUUAUUACAAUUUUUUGUUCACCAUAGAAUACCUUGUGCCAUGGCUUCAUAUUAUCCAGAAUUGCUCUUUGCAAGCCUGUCUUGUAAAUGCCUACUCUAAUGUGGUUAGCCUGUAAGGCAGUGUCGGCCUCCUGUAAUCGAGCCUCAUGAAGGAGUUCCGUUGAGCUUUCCCCAUAUUGUUUUGUUAUCUUCCUCUGUAACAUAAAACCAAAUUAAGAUUGGAUGAUUUUAUGGAGAUAAUAAUUAGACAAUACUGUAUAAUUAAUUUUACUUAAUAGAUUAUCUGUGAUAAGAGAUAUUUAAGUGUGAUUUAUGACUUCAUAUUAUAAAACAGUUUUAAUGACUCAUGUUAACAUUGGGUGCAAUAAUUUAGUAGGUUUAGCUUUAGUUAUAAAUAACUAUCUUUCUGCUGACAACUUAGGUUGUAUGAGUUAUGCUUAAAAGCUUUAAAUCUGAUGUCUCCUGUAUCUGCCACACUAUGUUAGAAUGUGUCCUUCAAACAUACCCUUCUGCAACUUCUCCAGCUGUACUAAAUUGAUAUUUCUUGAAGUCUAAUUCUGUGCUAACAGAUCUUCAUUUUAAAUAGAAUACGGUUUUAAUUUUUGAUAAGCUGCUGAAUUUUAAAGAGAGUUUUUUGGGGCCACCAAAUAUUUUGGAUCAUGCAGAGAAUAUAUAUUGUACUGUAGUAAUUUUUGUAUUUACAUUUGUAUGAUGUGACAUAAUAGAUGUGAAUGUUAAUCACUGCUUGACUAUGUUAAUAAAGUUGUUUAACUAUA